ACUCAUCUGAUUUGAACUGUCAUUUAAUUUAUUUUGUUGCGUUGAUUUUCACAAUUCGUACAUUUCUCAUUACAGUUUUUUGCUUUUGUCUCGGGGACAUUAAUUUGUUUAAUGCCUAGCUUGAUAAAUAAUUUAAACAGAAGAAAUGUCGUAUAAUUUGUAAAUAUCUAGUGUAUUAAUUUGAAACGCAAGCGUGUGUUAAAAAGGCGUAGGUUGUGAACGGAAAAAUUAAAGGGGUGUCGGUAAAAAAACCCUUUGCAAAAGUGCGGAAAUCGGUAGUGACGUCGUGCAGAAAAAGUUACGAAAAGAUAAUAAGAAAUCAUAAAUAAGUAGCAGUCAAUAGCAUUUUACAUACAUUAUUGUAGUGUUUAAAUAGAAAAUAAAUUGUUAGAAAGUGAUUUUGCUAUUCCGUACUAUAUAAUUUAACAUCAUGGUUUGGGCAUAAUACAACAAAAUAUAAGUGGAAACUCUUUGUGGAAGCAGGGCGGCGACUGCAAAGUGCAACGAGUAUGAGUUCCCGUAUUAAAACGGAUGUGAAAAAACUGUUCGAGUUUUGGUGUGAAGUAGCGCUUGUACAUAAUGGAGAUAAACGUAGUACGCCUACGGGCGCUAGCCAAACAACGCCGUCUUGUGUCAUUGUCGAAAGCUUUCCGGAGGGAUAUCGCGAUGAGAAGACAAUGGCUGAUAUACCCGCCUUUGCAUUCCCCUGUAAAAUCGAAAGCGAUUCUGUGCAAUCGUAUUCAUUCGUGCUCACAACAGACGACUCGAAGUGGCGGUUUGGUUUCUGUCGCCACGAUCCGAAGACGGACACCGCGAUGGUGAUAAUCACAUCUUUGCCAUGGCAUGACACAUUUUUGCGAUUGCUGACACUGCUGGCCGAGUUGCGGCGUUGCGACGACACCACCACAACGGGCAUCAAUAAUGCCAAUGAUGACUUCAGCACUUUCCUCGCCGAGGCGUAUAAUCGCGGUGUGCCCGAUCCGGGCGGACACUUGAAAUUAUUCUACAAUGGCGGGCAAAAUUAUUUCGUGUUUGAGCGGCCGCUGCAAUUUCAAUUGCCUAGCAUACCCGAGAAUCACAAUUUAAAUCUGUAUUAUAACUUUGUGGAUCCAAAGAAUAUGAUUGCAGUAUUCGCAGCAAUGCUCGCCGAGCGUCGCAUAAUUUUCACAUCACGCCGUCUGGAUCGUUUGUCGUCGUGCAUACAAGCGGCUAAUGCGUUUCUCUAUCCUAUGGUGUGGCAGCAUAUCUUUAUACCAGUGUUGCCAAUGAAAUUAAAAGACUAUUUGAGUGCGCCAAUGCCAUAUCUGAUUGGAGUGCCGCAAAUAGUACUCGAAACGAUGACACCCGAUGAACUUGGCGAAGUUGUGAUACUUAACUGUGAUACGAAAGUGUUUCAAAGCCCCUUCGACGAUGUACGCGAAAUGCCAGCGGAUAUUGUGUCACAAAUGAAAAAACAGCUCAGCCACUCGCACGAGCAUAUUGGCGAUCGUGUUUCGAAAAUAUUCCUCGGCGUACUCGUGCAGCUGAUAAGCGGCUAUCGCGAUGCUGUGGAAUUUCGUGAAACGGGCAAAACCUUCAAUCGCGACAAGUUUAUCGAAUCGCGUCCGAAGCAUUUGCGUCCGUUUCUAGCGAAAAUGAUGGAACUGCAAAUAUUUCAGCAAUUCAUCGAUGAACGCCUACAAAUGCUCAACACUGGUUUGGGUUAUUCGGAUGAAUUCGAAUUGGAGACGGCGCGCUAUGCCGAGAAAAUGAAGAAGCGACGACAUUACGAAUUUCUGAACAAUGUCAAGGAAAAGACAAAUCCAGCCGUAAAGUCUGCUGUGAAAUCGGUCAAGGAGGGUUCACGCGGCGUCAAGAGCGCCUACAAAGACUUCAAAUCGAAAUUACGCGACAUUACACCACCGAACAGCUCGCAAACACACUUCCGUUCGCAUCUCACAUCGAAUUCGCAGCACGAUCGCAUCGACGGCAAUAGCAUUGGGGGCAGCAGCAGCGGCAGCGCUUUCGGUGUGGGCUUCGGCUACGGCAAAACCAAAUCGAUUGGUGGUCAUCACUCGGCGCCGAGUUCACCGAUCUUCAGCAAUAAACGCAACGCGGCCGCCAGUGUGACGGGUGGCAAUCAAUCUUCGACGGCUGCCAGUUUUCAAUACGCUUGCCCGGAGGAUUUGCAUGGCUCCAACCAGUUUGUGCGACGCGCCCCGCCUCUGGCUAUGUCCAGCUCGAGUGCGCACAUACAGUCGAACGGUUUUGCGAGCAUUACGCAUGGCACUGCUCAUCUUGCUGCUCAUUUGGCUCCGUCUCCAACUGUUAGCCCGGCAAGCUCGCUCUGUUCGUCGGAGAUGAAUUUGUCGCAAGAACUGCAAAAUCAUCCGUUAUUUAAGCCACCACUCGUCGAUCGUAGCCUUAAGCCCAGCAUGAGUCUAGACUCAACCACUCACCAAACUCAUCCACAGCAUCACUACAAUCACCAACAUAGCCAUCAUUAUCAGCAAAGUCAGAUAACGAGCAACCACCACCAUCAACAUGACCAACAGCGACCACAAAGUCAACAACAACAAAAUCAACUACAACAGCAGUAUCAAUACCAUCAAAGGCUCACAGCCACACGCACAGGUGGUCCACCACCAGCGCGUCCACCGCCACCAGCCGCACAUCUGCUGCAAACAUUAAGCGCUGGCCCAACUCUGAGCUCCACACCCAACGCCACGGUCUCAUACUAUAAUCAUCCGCAAGUGCGACGUCAACUAACGGCACUCACAUUACAUCCAUAUGUCGAAACGAAACCACCGCCGGUGCCACAACCGCCCGCAAAAGAGGAAGAGCAACUGGCCGCGGCAAUGCCACAGACGGCAACGCGCACAUCGACGCCCAACAAAAUCGUGACAACCGAUUCCAUUUACGACAAUCCACCAGACAUGCAAUCGCCGCCAAUACCACCUCGUCGUCAGUGCACUGGUGAUAAUACUAGCUGCGACGCGGAGAGCGCAUUCAUUGAGACACGCGCGACACCAGCGCCCCCGAGUGGUGGUACAGUUGUGGGUGGUGGCGGUAGUAAUGCGAUCGCCAUGGCCGCUGCCGCUGUGCACGCAGGCUUACAGCGCUUGGAGCACAAUUGCUGGCAAGAUUAUGCCGAACGCAAUCUAUUGCAACACGACGCGCUGCGACAUUCGUCGUCAUCGAAUGCAUCCAAUGCUUCGGUGUCAUCGUCAUCGUUCGACUCAAGUGGCGGCUCAUUUGUGUCGGCUGCAUCGUCAUCGUUCUUUCAUUCGGCGCGUUCGGGUGAUGAUGACUCAACGCGUACAACAGUAACAGCUGCAGCUGCGCCAACAGCAUCGGCUGAGACGACACCAGUGCCGGCGCCACGCCAGAAAAAAGAGUCGCUGCGCUCACUUCAGCCACAACAUUUGCCAGUGCCCGAAUAUACACUUAAAUCGGCUGCGCCCUCGACAACGUCUUCGCAAGAAGACACCUUAAACGAUCUGAUAUCAUUGGACGACAGCAACAACACCAGCUUCGAUUUGGAAGAUUUCGAUCCGCUAAAUCAGAAUGCACGCCCUCUCCCACUGCGAAAUGGCAAUGUAACGGCGCACAAGGCAAAAACCAACGGUUUAAAGUCUACCACUUUGCCUGCGAACACCAACACCUACGGCAACACUUCCACCGCAAGCACCGUAAGCAAUCCGCUAUAUCCAUAUCACACGCCGCAGCAUUUAAGAGCGCCGCACAUGCGCGCACAGCCACAAACACGCGCGCUGCAGGCGCCCACAGUGAAGCCACCACCUUUGCCAACCAGCAAACCGCCACCAAUGCCAGCACCAGAUGAGGAUUUUGAGCUGUUGCGCAAGUACGGCUUGGAUCAAUUCACACUGACAACAACAGCAGCAAAUGUGAUUGGCAGCAGCAGCAGCAGUAAAGGUGGCGCCAACACGACGGCCAUUGCCGGCGGUGGCAUGCACAAUUGGACCACAUUCGAUUGAGCGGCGACGACGGCUCUCUUCGUGGUGUAUGUUAGCAGUUAAAGUAUGUUGCUACUAUAAUUAAUAAUUAUUGUAAAAUUAAAUGUAAAAAAAAACAACUAAAUAAUACAUUCGUGUACAUACCAGUUUAUUGCUUUAUAAGAUAUCGAUGAUGUAUCACAUUAGUGUAAUUACAUACAUAUAUACAUAUGCAUAUAUCUAUUUGAAUAGUGUUUGUAUGUAUGCAGUUUUGUCAAAAUGAAAAUGCCAAGCGCAUAAAUACUUAUAGAAUAUUUUGUAAUAUUAAUGAUGUGCACAUACAUAUAUAAAUUUACAUACGCAUUAAACAAUAUACAUAUAUAUAUUUUGUAAUAAUUGUAAAUGUGCGCUUGCAUAAGAAAUACGUGUAUGUAUGUAUUUAGCUACAAAAUCGCUGUGAUGAUUGGCAAAACAAAAAAAAAAAAACAAAUCAAUAAUAACGACAAAAACAAAAAUAUAACGAAAAUGAUUUACAUUUGUAUGAGCAAAUGGCGCAGAAUAAAUCAUCUUUAAGAUUAAUAUUUAUUUUUUCAGAAAAUAUCAGCUGAUUAUAAUUAAUAUGCUAAAUGAGGUUGUAAAAAAUGUCUUAACUAUGCAGCAGCAGGCAACUCAUACAAGUAUAGUGGGGUCACUGAAAAUGUAACGAUCUGUAUUGCUAUCUGAACCAGUGUUCAUUAUUUUUUCUUUAAGUUGUUGCAAUAACAAAUAAUAUAAACUUACUACUUUUGCAUGUGAUUUCUUUCGAUUUCAAAAAGUUAGAUCGUGUAACUUUUACAGCCUUUGAAAAAUACUUAAAAACGAUGGUUGAUAAUCAUAUACAUAUGUUAACUUUUCCAUGUGGAUCAAGAAAUUUUACGUCUUCAGUGCCAGUUUAUGAAAGGAGACUUUUUAUCAUGGCAUUUAAAAUUUCUUUCUCUAAUGGCAAGAAUUCAACAUCGUUCUUAGGUAUUUUUCACGGCUGUAUAUAUACAUAAAUAAAAAUCAUUGAAAUACAUAUAUUUUUCCAAAAAUAUGCUAAAUCUGUAGGGUAUAGCUAAAUAUAUUAGAAUUCACUUUUUUAUUUAAAGUGAUUUCAUUCAAAUAUAAAAUUUUAUACAGACAUUUGUAUUGAAAAUAACAAUUUUUUCGAAAUUAAUGUUAAUUAUUAGUUUCUUGAAACACAUAAAUCAUUAAUUACACCAUACCGGAAAAUCUACUUUUUUCUGUGUUUUGGACCAAACUAACUGUAUGACAGAUACUAUAGUGGGUCAAAGUUACAUGUUCGAAGAAAAUAAAAACUUUAAGUUACGAAAAAUAUUGGACCUCUUAUUGCUGUUGCCAUGUAAGCUUGACCAAAAAUUGUUUCACACUAUUAAAUUAUGAAGAUAAUCUUGAUGAUAACCAUAUUGGACUUUUUAGUAACUAUAUACUGUAAUUGAUAAUAAUUUCUUUUAAUAAUGCUUUUUUCGAACUUCGAAGUGUAAUAUUUCGAUUUUGGAGGCUAUGUUAGAAAAUCGGAGAAUACACGUUACUCUGCCUAGUAUUCUACAGUUUGAUAAAACUAGAUAUUUGGGUAGCCUACUUUUCAACGCAUAUUGAAAAACUUCUAAUAUGAAAGAUAAAAUAAUUUCAAACACCAAAUCACUAUUAUGCAUUAACAACAGUUAAUUAGAAAAAGAAAAAAAAUAUAUGUUUUCGAAAAAUCUUAAAAUGAUAUUUUUUGGCAACAUUAACGGCAUAUAACAAACGAAAUAAAGCGAAAUCCGAAAGAAAUCACAUACAAAAUGUUAGAUUGAGUUUAUAUUUGCUAAUUAAAAAUUAUUAAGAAAAGGAAAAUUUACCAAAUAUUCAAAUAAACUUACACAAAAUGAUGGAACAACCGCAUAAUUCACAGUUUCAAAUCCACAAAAAUUUCAUCAAAACUGUAAUCAAUCUAACUUGAACAUCAUCAAUUGUAUUAAAUUGUAAAAAUAUAUAUUAUAUAUGCAUUUACUGUACAACGAGCGUAGUGCAAGCUGUAAUUUUUUGUAAUUUUUCCAUUUCGUGGUUAAAUUUAAAAAUCAAAACCUUACACUAAACACGAAACUAUGAACGAAAUACUUGAAAAGACUAUAAGCAAAAGACACAUUGAAAAACGAUUUCAAGAAAACAAAAACAAAAACAAAAUUAGAAAGUAAUAAUAUUAACAAAA